AUGAAAGACUUGGGCGCCAAGCUGGCAACUGAACGGUUCCAGGCCACAGCCGACGGCAUCGCCACGGUGACGUUCGACGGCAUGCAGAAUUUGCAGGAUGUCAAGAUCGAGGAGGAUGCCUUGAAGGCCGGCACUGCAGACUUGGCAGAGGCGCUGCUGAAGGCUCUGCAGGAGGGCCACGACAAGAGCGUGGCAGGCUCUCAAGAGGAGGUGUGGGCACUCUACAAGACCCAGCCCGAGCUGAUGCAGGCGCCAUUGACCCAGAUCGGCGCGGGCAAGACUGCGCAGGACCUUUGGGCCAACGUCACCAAGACCAACGAGACAUUGCAGUUGGCAGAGGAGCUGUUCCACCACUUUGACGCAGACAAGGACGGCUUCUGGAACUUCCAGGAGACCUCCAAGGUCCAGCUGGCCACCGAGGGCACGGAGAUGGGCGAAGAGGCGUUCAACUCUCUGAUCAUCGCUGCGGCACCCAAUGGAGGCCGGCACCUGACGGAGGAUGACAUGGGCCGGGGCUUGUCCAAGGACCAAGUGCUGGAUCUCUACACCAACGCCCAAACGCAGCGGCAGUUGGGCUUUGUGCUGGACAUCCGAAAGGACCACAAGCUGGUCUUCUCCAAGGUCAAGGAGCCUGAAGCGGCGCCGAAGGAGUCGCUGGCGGUGGACUGA